UGACAGCUCUAAUUGUGAAGAGAGGAAAGUGAUCUGUGAGUGAAGAAAAGAAGAGAGAAGGAGAGAGAAAAGUGAUUUGUGAGUGAGGAAAAGAAGAUAGAGUUGGAGAUGGAGAGCAAGACAGUUAUUCCAAGUGCUCGAGUUUAUAUUGGUCAAGCAGAAACCGACUCGGUCCCACUGAAUCUGCAGGAUCGCAUUUGGGAGCUCUGAAUGGUUGCUGCUACUACGCUCGUCUUAGUCCUCCCUCAUCCACUCCAUUCUACGCCGAUUCUCAACUCUCAACGCUCCAAUGUUUGCUGCACCGCUGGGAUCCGUCUCCGCUUCUUCCUUUCUCUCACAGCUUGGCUCCAGUGAUGCUUCUCACGCCCCUUCAAGCUCCGCCUCCACCUCCCUCGUACUUCGCAGGCCUCUCUCUCAGUCAAGUUUCGGAGUCCUAGAUACCUUAUCUCCCCCGCCGGAAUCAGUUCGACGUGCUCGGCUGCAUGUGAAUUUGCAGAAAAUAAUUCAGGGAAAUCGGAACUGUUUUAUCAGACACAGGAACUGGGCAGGACGGUUUGUUGGUCUCAGCAAAAAUCCAUCUACAAAAGCAGCUGUGAUUACUGCAACGUCCUCAGCAUCUGUGUGCAUUGGACCUGCUCUUGAGGUGCAAGAAAUACGGGAGAGAUCCAACAAGUGGCAAUGGAACCAAUACUCCAUAAACUAUUUUGUUUCUCACUAUCAACCUUCUCGAGAGCAACCACAAUCAAGUUCAAGUCCUCCUGUCGUCCUUUUAGUUCAUGGAUUUGGAGCUUCUAUUCCCCAUUGGCGAAGGAAUAUUAGCACAUUGUCUCAAUAUUCAACUGUCUAUGCCAUCGACCUUCUUGGCUUUGGUGCUUCCAAUAAGCCUGCCGGCUUUGCAUAUACCAUGGAAACAUGGGCAGAUUUGAUAUUAGAUUUCGUGGAUCAAGUCAUUAAGAAGCCAACUGUGCUAGUGGGUAACUCGGUGGGAAGCCUUGCUUGCGUGAUCGCUGCUUCAGAUUCCAGUAGAAAUCUAGUUCGAGGACUUGUUCUCUUAAACUGUGCUGGUGGUAUGAACAAUAAAGCAAUUGUCGACGAUUGGAGGAUCAAACUGUUAUUACCAUUGCUUUGGCUGUUCGAUUUCUUACUGAACCAACGAGUAAUUGCUUCAGCGCUGUUUGAACGUGUGAAGAAGAGAGAUAGCUUGAGGAACAUUUUGUUGUCCGUAUAUGGAAACAAGGAAAGUGUGGAUGAAGAUCUGAUAGACAUAAUUGUGGAACCAGCCAACGACGAAGGUGCGCUUGACGCUUUCGUUUCAAUCGUUACAGGGCCACCAGGGCCAAGCCCGGUUCAACUAAUGCCGAAAAUUUCCGUGCCUGUUCUGAUUUUGUGGGGAGAUGAAGAUCCAUUCACUCCACUUGAUGGACCUGUUGGGAAGUACUUCUCGAAGUUAAGUAAGGAAGUUCCAAAUGUAAGUCUUUUUGUGUUGAAAGGAGUAGGACAUUGUCCUCAUGAUGAUAGACCUGAAUCAGUGCAUGAAAAACUUCUUCCAUGGCUGGCUCAGCUUCCUGCUUUGUAACAAGCAAAUUUAUAUGCAUCAACAAUAUUUAUGUAUAUUUGUUUGUAUUGUAUAGUUAUUCCCCCUCUGGAAGGCUUCAGUGAGGGCCAAAUCCUUGCAUGUCUUGUAACAAUUUGAUAGUUUAUCAUUAAAAAGUGUCGUCAUAAAUAGUUUGAUUGUUUAA